AUGGGAGAUAAGAGGAUUGAUAAAUACCUAUUCAAUAUCAAUCACAAGAUUGGAGAGGGAUCUUAUGCAACAGUCUACAAAGGAGUCAACGAAAAAACAGGAGAGAAAGUAGCCAUCAAAAUGCUUAAUAAAUCCGUCAUUAAUGCGGAUGAUUACUUAAGAGAAGGAUUAAUAUAGGAAAUCAAAAUUAUGGGAAAGUUGAAAAGUCCAAAUAUUGUCUAGCUUUUAGAUGUUAUGGAAACUUCAAAUAAUUAUUAUAUAGUUUAGGAAUUUUGCGAUGGAGGUGACUUUGAUGAAUUUCUCAAAAAAAAGAAAAAUCUAACAGAAAAAGAAGCCAUUAAAUUUUUAGUCGAUGUCUUAACUGGCUUCACAUAACUCAUUAAAAAUGGAAUCAUCCAUAGAGAUUUGAAACCUGCCAAUAUCUUACUAGAUAAAACAACCUAUAAAUUAGCCGAUUUUGGGUUUGCAAAAUGCGUUGACAAUUUCAAAAAAGACAUGAUGUCCUCAAUGGUUGGAACUCCCUUAUAUAUGAGUCCCUAAAUCUUAGAUCACAAAAGAUACAACUCCAAAACCGAUGUCUGGAGUAUUGGAUUCAUCUUUUAUGAAGCCCUCUUUGGAAAAACCCCAUGGACUGCAAGAUCUCCUCCAGAAUUACUAAAGAAUAUCAGAACAUAACCAUUAAAGUUCCCGACUGAUAAAAUACCAAUCUCUCAAGAAACUCAAGAUUUAAUUAUCGGUUGUCUAUAGGCCGAUGAAUCUAAAAGACUAUCAUGGGAGGAAAUAUACAAGCAUCCUGCAGUUGCCUAGUACUUUUAGGAUAUUGUUAAGGGGAAUUCCAAAUUGGAAGACAAAGCAUAAUACUUGAUAAACGAUAUUAGACAAAUGAUUAUAAAGGAUAAAUUGGACAUCACCUAAUUGUUCACAGAAUUAGAUAUGUCGAAGGAUAAAGCCCUGGAUGUGAAUGAAUUAGGUCGAUUCUUAACUAGAGUUGAUAAAGAUAUCUAAAGGGAUGAAAUCGAAUAUAUAUUUAAUAAGUUUGAUGAGGACGGGAGCAAUUCAAUAGAUUUCGAAGAGUUCAAAAAGUGGUUGGAAGAUAAUUCUAUUCAAGUCAAACAAGAAAAACAGGUUAGAGAUAGAGCAAAAAAAUAAUCUAUCUUAGGAAAAAAUACUGUGGAAGAACGUGCUAAUUAUGUGAUAGAAAAACUCAAGCUUUCUAUUAUCAAAUACAACAUUCAACUUAUUGAUUUGUUCAAAAAAUUUGAUAAGUCUGCAGAUUUGAGAUUAGAUUUAAAAGAAAUGGGGUAAAUGUUGAAAAGAAUUGAACCAAGCAUCAAUGAAGAUGAAACUCGCGCAGUCUUCGAUUUCUUUGAUAUCAAUAAAGACGGCGAAAUCACAUUCUAAGAGUUUAAGACUAAUUUAUAAGAGUGCAUAGUUCAGAAAAAAUGA